AUGGCCGAUAAAACUGUUGAUGAAAUAGAGUCCGAGUUUCGUGACAGUUUAUUGCGUAAUUACGACCGAGCUUCGCGCGAGGAAUUAAACCAAGAUGCAGAACCCCAACAACAAUCUAUCGAGCGCCUCAGGGUAUUAACAGAGAAGGGUAAGGAGUAUCGUAAGGACCUAAUGCAAAGGGAACUUACUCGAACCUUUAAAUUUUGGCGAAAGGAACUCGAAAAUGCUGAGUCAGCACUUGCAGAUACAUCAGAUAUCUCAAUUUUACAGCAAAGGCGAAAUGCCUUAGAAGCAGGCAUGAGCAGUUUAACCGUAGCUCAUGACAAUUUAGUCAAUCUUUUGAGUACAGCCGAAAUAGACGAAUUGACAAAGCGUCAUGAUGCAUGGUACAAGGAACACAGAGAAAUAUUUAAGGCGCUUAACAGUAAAAUCUUAGAAACCCGUAGCGAACGAGACGAACACAGUUCCAUUAUCUCAGGCCGUAGCAAGAGCUCACGCGCCUCCAGCCAGUCUUCUGUGGCGAAAAGGGCUGAAAUGUUAACAAAGGCUGCUAGACUGGAGACUGAACUUAAGUUUCUUAAAAUUGAACAAGAGAAGGCAGCAGAAUUAAAACAAAUCCAACUCAUGAAAGAAAUAGCUACAAACCAAGCAGAAAUCGAGGCAGUAACAAAAUUAGACGAACAGCAUGACUUUGAUUUAGCGUCGAACAAAGAAACUCUUUUAGAAUCAGCUGUGAGCUCACACGAACGUGUCCAGGCAUAUCUCCAAAAUCAAAUUGAAGCUGAGAACAUACCCGUUGUUAUGGAAACUAACUUGUCUCCUCCCAAAAUCGAUGAUUCAGCUCCACAGGUGUUAGUUCCUGCACUCAACCAAGGUAAUUCAAAUCCAGAAACAAAAUCCUUUGUUCCCACCCCUCCUGCAACAGUGCAUGCAACAAGCAACUAA